AAUGCAGGAACACUGCACGUACCAAGACUGCUUGGUAAUUACCUCUACGCCGCACAAUCUCCGCACAAUCUCCGCACAAUCUCCGCAUGAUAUGCUAUGGAUUUACCCCGUUUCAACGGAUUCAUAAGCGUAAGACGGACGGCGUAUUUGUCAGUGUGUUAGGCUGCCAUCUGAUCUAGAUAGCGUGGAGAGGUAUGUCUGGGGUGGAAGGGUGAGGGUGGAAGGACAGGGCGUAUUCUCACUUGCAUCAAGACGUGGAGAGGUAUACACAGGAUAGGGUGGGAGAGGAGAGUAUGGAAGAGGAGGGCGUAAUCUCACGCCGCCCCAAGAUCAACAUGGAUACACAUAUACAUAUAAAACCCCCCCUUCACCCCUCCCAUCCCAUCCCAUCCCCCUCCCCAAAAACCCCCACCCACAACCAACAAUGACACCCAACCCAACAAUCCUCCUAAUCCCCGGCUCCUUCGCCCCCCCCACCAUCUACCACCCCCUCAUAACCGCCCUCCGCACCGCCUCCCACCCAGCCCUCGUCCUCACCCUCCCCUCAACCCAAAAACGCCACCCCCUCCCCCCCGCCACCAUGCACGACGACGCAUCCCUAAUCCGCGCUGUAACCGAAGCCUUAAUCGCACAGGGAAAGCAAGUCGUAGUCGUGUGCCACAGCUACGGGGGCGUGCCGACGAGCGAGGCGCUCGUUGGUCUUGGUGUGGGGAAGGAGGGAGGGGGGGGAGUGAGGCGGAUCGUGUAUUUCACGGCUGUGGUGCCGCGCGUGGGGGAAAGGCAGGUGGAUGCUGUGGGGAUGGCGGGGGGGAUGGUGGAGGGCGCCGUCGACGGAUACAUGCACACCGCCCCGCACCUCCUCGCGCAAGCAAUCGGCAACGACCUUCCGACUUGGGAAGAAGCAUACGAGCUCGCUUCCCUGCUUCCGCAUCAUUCCGCCGCGUCUUUUACAGAGGCGGUGACGAGGGUUGCGUAUGAAAGUAUUCCGGCGAGUUAUAUUCUGUGCGAGAGGGAUUUUAUCAUCAGUCCUGAGCUGCAGGAGGGGUUUAUUGGCGUGUUGAGGGAGGGGGGGAGGGAGGUCGGGGUUGUUAGGCUGGAUGCCGGGCAUUGUGCGAAUUGGAGUCGGGUUGGGGAGGUUGUUGGGGGGAUUUUGGGGGAGGCGGGGAGGGUGUAG